UGUGGUUAAUAGUAGCAGAAAAGGUUGUGAAUUAAUUCUGAUAGCAAGGACAUAUUUUUUCGUUUAUAUUUUCAUGAUAAAAUUGUGUUUUGUGCAUAUUUUGAAACCAAAAGUCAAUUUUAAAGGAAUAUAUACAUGUUAAUUAAAUUGAGUGAAAGCAAGGCAGCAAUAAUAUUUGAAUUAAAGUAAUAACAAGUUUUGAUUGGAAGAAAUUGGAAAUUUGAUAAUCGACUAUUAAAAAGAUCAUGAGAAAAUAGAAGUCUGGAACCACUUGAGAGACUUAACAAGUCUCAACACAGUUUCAAGGAAGAUGGAGAAAAUAUUAAUGAUCGGUUUCAUGUUUUUACCAACAUUGCAGUCACUAGUAUACUACAUAGACGAAGAAAGUGGUUCAAACAAAUUUCUUGGGAACGUUGCAACAGACACAAACUUGGAAAAAUUGGUUAAUAAUUCUGACGAUUUUAAAACUAUACAAUAUAGUUUUCUAACUCAGGGACAUCCACAUUCAUCAAAAUUCAAGAUAAAUGAAACAACAAGUGAAAUCCGAACAAAGGUUAAUUUAGACAGAGAAACAAUCUGUGAAUAUUCCCCUUCAUGUGUAUUAUCGUUACAAGUUUCUGCCAAGUCUACAUAUGGAAUAUUUUUUGAAACUUUUGACAUUUUUGUUCAUUUGAAUGAUAUUAACGAUAACACACCAUAUUUUCCAUCAUCAAGUGUAAAUCUGUCUGUUUCUGAGGCUUCUCUUAUUGGAUCAAAGUUUACCAUUAGCAGUGCAAUAGACAAAGAUAGUACUAACUUUUCUGUGAUAGAUUACCAGAUCUCACCUCUCGGUUCCCCAUUUAAUGUUGAGUUUACCAAAAACCUUGAUGGACAAACUACAACUGUAUGGCUGAAACUAAUUAGAACAUUGGACAGAGAAAUAAAAGACAGCUAUAAAAUUCAGAUUUUGGCAAAAGAUGGUGGCAACCCAGCAAAAAUAGGCACUUUGGAUGUAAAUCUUCUUGUGGACGAUGUCAAUGAUGAAUCUCCUAAAUUCAGUAAAUCUUUGUACAAUGUAACUUUGGCAGAAGACGUAGUCAUUAAUUCAACCAUCGUAACUGUUUCAGCAACCGAUUCUGAUUCUGGUAAAAAUGGAGAAGUUAGUUACAGAUUUAGUGCAAGUCAAAACCAAGAUAUUCUUUCAACUUUCUCAAUAAAUUCUAAGACUGGAGACAUCAAAAUUAUUCGAAAGUUACAAUAUGAACCGAGCGAGUCAUACAAAAUGAUUGUAGAAGCUGUUGAUAAUGGCGAUCAGCCAUCGGUGUCUCAAGUUUUUGUUCAUGUAAAUAUUUUGGACUCUGGGAAUAACCCACCUUCAAUUAACAUUAAUUUGUUAUCAGACUCUGACAUGGCUGAGGUGUCAGAAUUUGCAAACAUGGGAGCUGUUGUAGCCCAUGUAAAAGUUGACGAUGGUGAUACUGGUCGAAACGGAAUAGUCACAUGUCAAAUCCAAAACAAUUUCUUCCAACUGCAGCGCAUGGAAGUGAAAGAGUACAAGGUCAUAGUUCAUCAACCGCUUGACCGUGAAGCAAAACCAGAACAUUUGGUUUCUGUAUUCUGUAGUGAUGUUGGAAGUCCACCAUUAAACAGCUCCAAGAACUUUGUAGUUCAAGUUAUUGACGAAAAUGAUCAACCACCAGUUUUCAUGAAAACAACCUAUACUGCAAACAUUGCUGAAAAUAACAAUUUCAAUGAUGUUAUACUUCAUGUAUCAGCUUCAGAUCAAGAUAUUGGGGUAAAUGCUGAGGUUGCAUACAGACUACAUGCCGAUUCAGGUCAAGAUUUCACCAUAGACAGUGCAACAGGACUUAUUCGAGCCAACAACACAUUUGAUCGAGAAAAAAUUGACCAAUAUAAAUUUCGAGUGUUAGCCAUCGAUAAAGGGAAACAACCCCUGAGUUCAACAUGCACUGUUAUCGUUAACAUAGAUGAUGUGAAUGACAAUGAUCCCAAAUUUGACAAAGAUGUCUAUCAUGCUCGUGUCCUUGAAAAUCUGAAAGAUUUCAACGUAACUUCAUUGCAUGCAAGUGACCCUGACAAUGAUGUGAACGGAAUUAUAACUUAUUCUUUAGCCAAAUCUUCUGAAGGAGUACCAUUUCAAGUGAUGCCAUAUGGAACUAUAAAAACAACCAAACUUUUAAACAGGGAAGAUCAGGAUAGGUAUGCUUUCACAGUGGUGGCAUCUGAUCAUGGUAAUCCACCAAGAACAAGUACAGUCAAUGUGAUUGUUGAUGUAGACGAUCAGAACGACUAUCACCCAAUCAUCAUGUAUCCGAAUGCUACCAAUGAUACAGUUUUGGUUUCAUAUCAGUCACCUGUUAAUUCUGUUGUAACCAAAAUCAAAGCAUUUGACCCAGAUUUGGGACCUAAUAGCGACUUGCUUUUUUCAAUCAAAUCACGGAAUGACUCUGAUAUUUUCAAUAUUAUCAGUACAACAGGUGAAGUUGUUGUGGUUCAGAGAAUGACCAUUCUAAACAUGAAUCUUAAAUAUUUCUUGGAGAUUGCUGUAUCUGACAAAGGACUACCAACAUCUUUAACAUCAACAAGAAAAUUAUACAUUGUUGUGUCACUACGGAAUAUUACCUCAGCCUCACCAAUGGCACAAGAGCAGCAGGACUAUAGUAUAGCCAUUGCUAUAACUGUUGUUGUCGUAACCAUAGUAUUGGCAGCCACAAUUAUCAUUACUAUAUUUGUGAUUCGUAGAUUGGAUAAACAAAAACGAAUGUACCAGGAGACUGUUGUACCCGAUCAAAAUAAGAACUUGUUUUCUUCUUCCGACAAAGGCUCCCUCUAUAGUCUGCCAGGUGACAGAUCAUCCAGUCAGCAUACAGAGUAUAACCCUUCCCAUGAUGCCAACAGUGUAGCCAGUCAGAAUACAUAUCAGAGACCUCAAUCUGUAGCAGACAUAAGCCAUGAUGAGAGCCGAGACAAAAUUGGGGGAUAUUCAAGACCAAUUUCUCCAAACAGUGACGUGAGACAAUCAGAACUGACACGCCUUGCUUCCAUCAGAUUACACCAACAGUUUGCACAAUCACAUGACAAACCAUGGACCAAUCAGCAUCCAGAGCAUCCAGUCAGGAGACCUGGAGAUAAUCAUAGUGACACAUCAGGGGAGACAAUUCCUAGUGAUAGUGGCCGGGGAAGCCUAGAUGAUGACCAUCAUAAUAUGUCUAAAUCACACCAGUCAGAAGACUUCAGAAAAUAUUUACUCAACCAAACAGGCCAGCAAGGCAGGAGAGGAACUCCUCCUCACAAACAAAAUAUAUCAAAUCCAUCUCAUAUUUCAUACACUCUAAAUAAACUGGGGCCAUCGAACCCACAUAAACAGACAAACAUCAGUAGUCCACGAGAUCCACCGAAUCAUCCAUUUUAUGAAAACAUUAAUCCACAUCAUCAAAAUCGUCAUAUCCCAUACACAGGAAGAGAUCACAUUUCAUACGGACAUUUUCAAAAGGGAUUGCAUCAGCGACCAUAUUUAGAUGAAACGAUGGACAGUGUAAACACGGGUUAUGAUGAUGAUGAUAAUACAACCACAUCUGGAAGCUACACAAUUGACGCUGACGAUUUUCCUACAGAAGUGAAGUUUGAUAAAAUCCAAGAUGUGAUUGUUUAAUGGAUGAUUUUGAUUGGACAUUGUGGUGCUCCUCUAGUCAUUUUUAUACUCAUUUCGCAAAUUGACUUAACUGUUCAAAAAUAAUUUUAUAAAGUGCUGUUAUUUUAUAUAUAUGAAGACUGAAGUAUUAUAUAUAUUAAUUGCUAUGAAGUUAUAGUAAUUUCAUAUAUUAUUUUGUUGUUAUGUAUCAAAUUAUCAUUUCAUUGAAAGAAAUGGUAAAUGUAUUUGGCUUAAACUUGAGCUUCCUGAAAAGCUAAUUCCUCAUGUCUGGAAAAUAGAAUAUAAAAAACUGUUUGAAAUUUAGACCUAAUAAUUUGGGUAGUUUUUUUUUCAAUACAAUCUUUUAAAAAAAAGUACAAAAAAGAUGAAAUGUAAUUGCUAUUAAGUCUACAAAUAAAGUACUUUUUUCUCGGUAUACAUGAAUCGGCAUGUCUGACAAUCAUUGCAACCAAGAAAGAUUUUAACCAUUUUGGGUCCAAUAUUCAUAUUCAAACAAGGUAGAUAAUCGAAUAAAUGUUGCAGUCAAAGGUCAUUUUUAUUUUCCUUUUUGGGGAUGGGUGGUUGUAACAUAGCCCAUCAUUUACAGGACAAUGAGGCAUUAUAUAUAUAUUUAUAAAUAUAUUUAAAAUGAAUUUGUUUAUGCACUAAUUAAAUUCUUAUGAAUGUUCAAAUGCAUCUCAGAUUGUUUUGAGUAUCUCCCUUUAAAAAAAACCUGUGUUACUGUAUAUAUUUCUAUAAAACCUAUUUCUAAUUACCUUAGAAAUUACUGCUACUCUUUUGCUUUUCUAAAUGAUCUUAAAAAUAAAGAAUAUGACCAAUCAAUAGGCAAUAAAUGAGGAUAUUUUCAUCAAAGUGAGACAUACAGCAUAUACAGACAUAUUGUACAGUCAAGUUGUACUAAGCUAAAAGUUGUUAUUAUUUUUGAUACCUUGCUUUUACUGUUGCAUUUAAAAAGAAUGUUAUUGAUAUUGUUAAUGAAUAAAUAUUUUAUAUACCCUAUAGAA